CUUGGUCGUGCCGUCCCGUGCUGCUCGAGGCUCCCUGCCGCUUAAACCGCCACCGCUCAGCGACGCUUUUUGUUUUGUGCCCAAUGCGAGUGUGGCCGCAGGGUUGAUUUUGUGAGCGCCGACGAGGCUGAGCUGUUGGCCCUGGUGAGGGUGGGGGGCGAGGUAGGCUGUGUGGUGGCGGCGGCGGCACACGCCGUGUGGGCCAGUGCUGUUGAGGCGAGCGGGUCGGCGAAUCGCGGUCGACGUUUUGUGGGGGAAAGAUUUGCGAGGUGGUUUGGAGAUCGCGGUAAAGCAGGUGGGGCUGACAGUUCCACUCGCUUGUACGCACUUCAUGUGGGAGGAAAGCCCAAUGAUUACUCUGUGUACAGGUUUCCUCCCACACGUAGCAAAUACAGACUCCUUCUGAAACGUUAAUGUUGAGUAUAUGUUGAACUUCUUUUGCAGCGUACGUAGCUGACCGCGCUAAUCGGAGGUGGCGCUUCCCCGGUUGAACAUCGGAUAUCCACAAUUUAACUGUGUGAACACCAACAUGAGUGAAGGGUGGCCAUAGGCUCCUUGGAGGAGCAUGCACCCAUUUGGGAACGAAGAGGCUUAUUCAGCGCAGGAACUCUUUAGUUUUUUCUGCCGGAACCUGUGCAAUGGCAGGUGGGAGCUGGCACGUGCCUGCCUCCCACGACUCUGUGAAAACCAGGCUUCUCUGGGACUCGAUGUGGCACAGCUACUGGAGGCUGUUGCCACGCAACCUCACUACUUCCUAGGUGAUUGUCCCUACUCUGCAAAUUGUUUGGCGAUGAUCUGUCUUCAUGAGUUGGAGCAUUUAAAAGGUGGUGCACUGGAGGGCCCCUUGAGGUUGCUCCAUCAAGAUGUCGAGUUCCGGCUGCUGCUCGACUCCUGCAGCUGCCAGAUCCCGGCUGACGUCGCACAGAAUCUCUACCACUGUUUCCAGCAGACCCAUUGCCUGACAGGCAGUGAGCAACAUGACCCCGAUGUUCAUCUCUCAAAGGAAAGCAAAGCAUUUCUGCAAAAGAUAAUUGACCAAGACCCCUGGAUUGGCCAUGCUAUCAUCAGCAGCCUGAAUGCAGAGAUGUCGCAUGGCAGCAUCCACCAUCCUGCCCUGCAACAGUUGUUUGUGGAUUCUAUUCUGGGACACCUGGUAGAGCUUCGAAAGAGUUCUAAUUCGGACAACCCCAGUGAUACAAGCGAUUGCAAAGUGCGUGAAAUUAGAGAGCGCUUAUAUUCAUGUGUGGCCACCUUGAACUUGAGUGCCCCAGCAAGGACCGUGGACCUUGAGAGGUUGUUUUUGGAGCUCCACGAUGCUUGCCAUGGUGCCGAAAGCAUAUUGAGCGAAACCCGCUUACUCAGCUGCCUUCUCAGACAGGGAAACAACUUUCUAGUCAAGCAUUAUUGUGCAGUUGUGGAUGAAGAGCACAGAAAGAAGAGUGUGCAUGAAAAUGCAUUGUUUAGUGCAGUCGAGGGGGAUGCGGCAUAUGGUGAUCUGCAGGAGGGAGAGAAGAUGGUGCUGUCCCUCAUGUCGCAUCCUGACCGGGCUCGCACCUGGAAAGAGCUCUAUUUUUACUGCAUUGCCAAUGGAAAACAUUUCCUAGAGCUCAUCGUGAUGGCUGCCUUGCAACUCGUGAAGCGAGGUGACCUGGGGACGCUGGGGCAGCUACUGUCGGGUGAAUUGGAGCCCCUGUGUCGCCUGGUUUUGCUCCUGGGGUGGACUCACUGCUCCACCCCGGAGUCGGCCCGCGAGCUUCUGCGCACCCUGCACUGCGACAGGGGUGUCCAUGGAGACCGUUUGCUCGCGAAUGCCUGCAACAGCCUAGCGUCGCAGGUGGACGUUCUGCAGUGGUGCAUCCGCAAGAGCAGCAAAAACCUCAGUGUGCAGGACCUAGCGCGGCAUUUGCACAGUCAGGAGCAACAUUCUACCCUCUACCAGCUUCACCACCUCACAGACCUCCUGGGGCUGCAUGAGGCGGAGGUGCUGGCUGUGCUACUCAAACCCAUGGUCACCGACACAGAGCAAGACGCUGAAACUUCUUCUGAAUUGCCAACAUUGGACCAGCAAAGAAAUGUCGCACUGUUUCAUAGUUUCUGUGCCAUGAAGCAUGCUAUUAGCGCCUUAUGCCUAAAACAUUUACCUUCCAGGCGACCAUCCAUUUCCCAUGAAACUAACACUAGUCAGACUGUCACUAAUCGGUGCAGCUCCAAUCAGGACAUUACCGAGAAAGAUGCUGAAAGGACUACAUCUAGCUUGGAAGGCCAGACAUCUGGAGAAUGUUGUCCAUCACCGCUUGAUAAUGCUGAAACCAAUUUAAAUAGCUUGGACUGCCCAGUGGAAGACUUCUCGACCAUUGAGUGGCACUUUGAGCAGUGCCACUCUCACUUGAAGCAGAUUUCCCCUCCAAAUCUGCGAUUGGAGGUGAUGGAGAACAUUUUCUCACUGCUGUUUGUGACAUUUGAAGACCUCGCUGGUGAAGGCGUUGGCACGGAGAGCGACUCGGAGGAGUACGUGGAGGACGCGACGUUUGAUCAGUGGGCCGCCGAAAGCCUGGAGAGCAGUGUGGACAUCCUGAGCUGCAGCCCGCCCGACCUUGAUGACCAAACUUCGCAGGCUCGGGCAGAGUUGCAGAAGAUGUCGCUUCAGAGCAGUACGCUUUCCAACAAGUCGCCAACCUCUCAUGGCACUUCUGCGGAAACAAGCGCAAAAAUCGAUGCAGAGAUCGCUGACGCUAGUCAGAGCAACCCACAGAAAGUUAAGGCAGCCUUGAAACGUUUUGCCUUUUCUUUGAAGAGGAAGUCGGGAUUUAUAGUCGAUGAGCAUUCUACUCACAGUAUACUCUGCCUUUUAGAGGAAAGCCUGGAAACAAUCAAAGAUGAAGGCUGUCCCACGCAAAGUACACUGCAGCUUGUAGACUCUGUUGUGUCUUCCGUUAGUAUGGACUUCUUCAGCCACCGCCUUUCUCGCCUGUCAAAUUACAUCAGUGAGGCACACUGGAGGUACAGGCUGAUCUUCGCUAAUCGUUGCACAGGUCCGCACAAAGGCCAGGAUUUUUCAAGAGAACUUAAAAGGAAAAGGUCUAAAGGCAAAAGGUCUACACAAUCACAACAUAAAGAGUGGAGUGAAUGCAUAAAGGAGGCAUGGAAUAGUGACAUUCCUACAUCUGCCGCAGAGUGCAGCAGUGGGGGCUCGGAGCGGACCGGCCAGAGCAGACUGAAUGAGCGGUCAUCAUCGCGGCAAGAGAGCCGAAUCAUCCCACUCAUGCUCACGCCACCAGAGUCGCUCCUCACUGCGUGCAUUCUACAGGAGAACUAUGCUCAGGCUCAACAGGUGGUGGCCAUGUUUGGACUCGGUUCGGCGCAGAGCCUCGAUGAGCUGCGCUUUGCUGAGGAGUACGGGGCACGCGUGGCUGAGCUGCAGCGGCUGGAGGUCCAGGCCAAGGCUGCGCUGCCGGCCCGGCGCGUCCCCAGCCCCAAUGAGCCACUCGAUGUGCUGCAGUCCAUUGCCACCGCUGCGGCUGCGGGCGUGGCGUCCACGUCCGUGGUGGGCUCCGUCGAGCGGCUGCUGACCCUCGUGCCGGACUACUUCCCUCUGCCUCCCGCAUUGGCCGAGGCGGCUGACGCGGGGGUCGGGGUCCCUAGCCGGGACGCGGCGCUGCUGAGACGGCGCCUCGCCGAGUGCCCGCCGCCCGCGCUGGUGGCGUUUGACCUGGCGUGCACGCGCAGCACCAGCUGGAAGACAUGUCGCACGCUCCUCGAGGUGGCGGAGAGGAGGCUGCUGGCGGGCACCGUCGCCGAGAGCCGAGGCAAGAAAGGAGAUCACAAAGCGAGCACAGGAACGUCCAUUCGGGGAUUUCCAACCUUCCUCAAGCAAGUCAGCAAAAUAAUCAACCACACGCAGCCAUCGGGAGCCAGCGAUGAAGCCGACCUCUCUUCACACUUCAACGUGAGUGUGUCUGAGCUGCUGCUGGCUUGCCCCGGGCCCCUCUCCGCCGAGCACAUGGAGACCCAGCUCACGGACAGGGCCCGCGCCGACUGCAUGUUGCUGCGCAUCUUUGAAGCUGUCGGCACUCAAAACGUGCAGGGCGACGUGGUCGCUCACCUGUUGAAGAACUGGGCCAAGGCGCCGUCAGGAGAGAGCGAAUCUAUUCGCCAUCUCAUCAAGCAGCUGCUCAAGGUGAUGGACCCGCAGGAGGUGCUCGGGCAACCUACAGAGCCGGCUCCUGCAUACCUUCAUCGGCUCUUCGACUACCUCAACGUUCUGUCCAUGAUCAUCAUCAGAAGCCAAGGCCGGGAGACUGAUUCAUUGGCCAAUGUUAAACCCACAAACACGCUGGUGCUGCUCCAGAAGAGGCCAGUGGAGCUGCUAUCCCAGCUGUUGUUCGAAGAGCAGACACUGCCCAGCAGACUCGAGGUGCUCAUAAAGGAGGAGUGCCCCCCUCUCGCCCUCAACCUGAGGCGCGUCAUCUUAGACUGCUGCUGCCGGCCCCUCCCACUGGGUGGAGCCUCGCAGAGCCCCGCCAAUGCCACCUUGGCUGCCCAGGUGGAAGCCAUUCUGCACGGAGCGGUGGGCUCCUGCCUGCCUGCCCAACUCGAGCUGCUGCGUUUGAGCCCAGGCCAGAAAGCUGAAGACACGAGUGAAUCCAGCCAGAACGUCUGCCAGUAUUCGCUCACCGCCGUGACGCUAGCCUAUCUCAAGGAGGUGAGCCCCUUGCUUGCAAUGGUGGCAUGCUUAACCGGGGACAAGCGGCCAGGGGACAAGCGGAAAGAAAAGAAAAACAAGAAGGAACGGCCCCUUGAGAUCACGUCACUGCGCCGGGAACUCCAGCACCUGAUGCUCAACGACUUUCCCGUUCUACACGAAUAUCUCAGCAGCACAGCCGCUCUGCUUGGGCACCCUCCCACCCUAAGGCAGAUGGCGACAGAGGGACAGACGAAGGGCGAGGAUCUCUGCGAGUGCUGGCCAGGCUGCGACUGCUGUCCCCUGCUGCUGUGCGGCCUGCACGAUGAGCGGAGUGCGGCCGUGAUUGCGCGAGCGUUCGAGGCGGCAAUGUCAGCCCAAGACUGGGCCCGCGCGUUGAAGCUGCUCGACAGAUUCGGGCGCGAGGACGCUGAGUGGGACCGCUUGAGAGAUGCGCUUCUGUGCUGUGCUGCUGCAACAGAUAAAGAGGGCUGGCGAUUCUUGCUGAUGAUGCGAGGGUCUGAGGUGCGUGCUCGGGUGGCUCUGUGGGGCCUGGAGCGCUGGCCGGCCGAGCAAUGCCUCGACCUUCUGGAGCUGUGCAUGUCCCAAGGUGACACUGCCCCCGACCUCCAAGAGCAGCUCAAGCUCAAGCACCGCGAGAUCACGCUCUACAGCACGAUACAAAACUUCUCCAUUCUUGAAAAUUGCACAAGCUGGACCGAUGUGGUGAAGGAAUCAAUUCAAGAUCCUGCACGCGUUCUAGAGGGUCUGCUGAAAGUAAAGAAGUUUGCAGUGUGCAGAGAGUGGGCCCAGCUAUACAGUGUGGGAGCGGACUGUCUGCUGAAAAUCGUGGAGGAGGAGGUGGCCCACUUACUGGAGAAGGGCGACACGGAGCACGCACAGCACCUUCUGGAGUCUCUAGGAGAGGUGCAAACGUGCCAGAGCGUGUGCGAGCGGCUGCUGGAGCAGUUCCGCAGCGUGACGGCCAGUCACUUCCUGUCCGACUACCUGAGCACACACUUCCUGCCUUCAAUGUCCCCUGAGCAGAAGAAGCUUACUCAAACCAUCUGGAUUGGGACACAGCUGUUGCUGGACCUGCCUCAGUCGGUGCACGUGCACUACCAGGAGCUGGUAAGUGCGCCUAUGCUGCUGCUGGAGCAGCUGCUGAUGAACAUGCGCGUUAACUGGGCAGAGGGCGCCGUGCGGACCCUGCGCACGCUGCUCAUAGGGAGGUUCGUGGACAUCGCGAGCGAGGAUGUGGACGUGCUGCUCUCAACGUACGCUAGCAAGGCGUUGGAGUUCCCCUACGUGUCCCAACGAUCCCGCAGUCGACAAGACUCAGAUGGCAGCACACCUGACUCUGGAAUGUCCAAAUUUGGAAGCUCCCCUGAGGCCACCAAGUCUGGUUCCCAAGCCUCAGAUAAAGACGGGUCGAGUCCAGAUGGCUCUGUGGGUUCCAUACCUGGCCCACGGACUUCCACGCCUGUGGAGAGGAGAGCCAGACUUGCAGUACGGACUAACAGUUGGUCUCCACCGGCCACCAUACCUACCAAGAACGAUUGGGUGCUGGACGAGAAGGCUCGCGUGUGCAUGGCUUGUCAGCAAGAGGCCUUCAGCAUGUUCAACAGGCGGCAUCACUGCCGCCGCUGUGGCCGCGUGGUGUGCACCAGCUGUUCGAGCAGGACCAUGGUGGUGGACACCUACAACUCGGGGCCUGUGCGUGUCUGCUCACAGUGCUAUGACUACUUCCACAGUGAUGGACCUACUGAAGGUGAAUCUCCAAUAGAAGGUGAACCAGGGCAGGAGGAGGUGACAGACUCGCCACUCCAGAUUAUUCUGCAAGCGGUAGAGGACAAUGUGUGGUCUAUGUCCUUGAAUACCUCCACCAGUCAGCGCAUUCGUGAGGAAUUCUACUACGAUCAGGCGCCCAGCGCGUCGCUGUGUGUGGCCCUGCUGAAGCUGCACAGCAACACGGUGCAGUGCAGCCACCAGCUGAUCGAACACUGCCGCGAGCUGUCGCUCACGCUCAAUGAGCCCGAGGUGGACAGCGUCCUAGUCAUCGGCAUCAUGCGCAACCUGCUCUUCAACGCCAAGAUGAUGUUCUCCUCCGCUGGCCACAGCCAGGACCUCGGCGUCUGUGACAGCUACAUAAGCCGCGUUGACGUGCUGAAAAUCCUGGUGUCGGCAAGCUACCGGCUCAUCCCAUCCCUGUACGACAUCUUGCGUCCCAGCGCUGUCACGAGACUGCGCGAUCAGCUGAUCCAGGACGAGCGAUACCUCCUCGCGAUUGAGGUUUCGACCAAGUGUGGGCUGGACACGAGCGGGGUGUGGAGUGCCUGGGGCAUGGCUUGCAUGCGUGCGGGCUGCCUCUCCUCGGCUCGGGAGAAGUUUUCCCGUUGCAUGAGGCCACCGCCAGACCUGAACCAAACGUCGAUGGGUUCCACUGUCCUGCAGGAAGUUGUGCAACACCUGGAGAGCAUCAUGCCGGGCAGUCUGUCGAUGGACGACGACGUGAUGGCUUCGCUCAACGAGCUGGAGUUGCUGCUGAAGGUGGAGGGCUCUCCUGUUGUUGCGCCGCAUUCUCCCAAAGCCCCGCCACGGGACACGCGGCUAGAGGAGUGCCUCUUUUACCUCCAGCAUUACGGGACGUACCUGGCGCUCGUCAGCUUCUACGGUCGACACAGCCGUUACCACGAAGCCCUCACCUUUCUGCUCGAAAAGAACUGCGCAGAGCACGUGUUUGUAGAGGGCCUGCUCGUGCCCUGCCUGGGCAAGGGCCAGCUUGAUGUGCUGGAGAAGCAUCUGGAGGAGCUGGAUCCCAGCCUGCAGCGCUGGAGAAAAUACCUCAUAGCGGCCUGCAAAUCUAUGGACAACAAAAACAUGCCCAAUGUGCUCUAUGCCCUGCAGUGCUUCAUGAAGGACAACGUGCGAGCAGCGAUGACGUGUAUCAACUUCUUCAGAAAAGGUGCAAACUCGUACGCUGAGCUUGCCACGCGACUGGAUUUCCUGGAGAGGGCCAAGAACCACCUCAAUGUUGCACUGAGUGAACAGCAAGUGAAGGCACCGACGAGUGGACCGGCUGUCAGUCGCAUCUUGCCCGGCUCCUCAUCCACUCCGAGCCAGAAUGCACCUUUCACUCUCAAGAUGUCCAAAAUACAGCUGUCAAGGAACAUACGCAGAAUUGAGCUGCAGGUUGAGGUGACCCGCUUUCUGAGCCAGUACGAUACAGCGAGGGCGAAACCUCCGCCCACCCUAUUUGACGACAACAACGUGAAGAGCGAGGUCGCUGGCCUGCUGAUGCUCUCUGGUGGAAACGUGGAGGUGGGAUUUGGAAAUGCCUUCCGAAUUAUACAGGAGUUUCAGUUGCCGGCGCUGACGGUGUACACUCGGGUGGCGAGGCGCCUAGUGGAGGAGAGGCAGCUGCACGAGGUGGAGACACUACUGCGUAAUGUGUCCGAGUCCGGUUCGGCAGAUCCCAGUGACUGCGACUCGAUUGCCCUGGACACGGUCCGCGCUGUGGCCGCCGCAACCGCAGCACAGCCUGGCACGGGACAGCUGCAGGUAAAGGAGAUUGAAAAUCUGAUCAUGAAGAUAAAGAAUAAUUCUGCGAAGAUUGAGGCCCACCUGCUGUGUGGAAAACUGCGUGCUGCUUACCUGGUCGCCGUGAAGCUGCCGAGUAGGGAUGCAUCACGCUGGGUGGAGACGAUCCGCAAGCGAGCCGCUGAGCUGGAGCAGGCUGUGAUGGUGGAGCUGUGCGAACGAUGGCUGAGCACCCACGGAGACACGGCCCCGCCGCCUGGCCAAUCCAAAACCUGAAUCUUCGCAAAGCAAUGACUGCGAGUCGCCGCUCUAUUCGUGUUACCCACACUAAUGUAAAAUUACCCCCGCGUGCAUUUCAUUUUCCCGUCACAAGCUCCCUUGUUUUGUAAGAACUGACGGGCGGUGCAGGGACAAGUGGAACCUACUUCCAUUUCACUUGCCAAAGUUAGUUUUCCGUAAAGUGAACUGUUUAGAGGCCUCCAUUGUCAUGGGCAAUGAUUAAAUGGUGGCUUGUUGUCAUGUGUGCCUCUUGUGCUGACUGUGCCGGGCCAAGUAAUGAGUGCACCCUGGUUAUAUUUGCCCCAUACUAUCCUUCAGGGUUAUCAGUAAGUGCCCUUAAUAGGUCUGUUUGUGGUUAUUUGUUUCUCUGUGACCCUUCCCUCUCUUUGACACUCAUUUGUUUCAAUAGCUGGUGGUGGUGUUAGAUAAAUGCUAAGUCAACUUUCUUGGCUUUGGGCAAAAUUGGACGCUGCCUGAUCUCGGCAGUUUUGCAGGCAUGCACAAAAGGCUGAAUGUGGAAUGCUGCACUUUAUUCUCGCUUGAAUUAACAUUAGGAUCUUGUUUCAAGAGUCCUGUGCUGUAAUCUUUGUAUCGUUAAUCUGUGGAGCACAUGCACCACAUUGUGCUCCGAAAGGCCAUUAAUGGAUGCAAAGGGACAAUAGUUUCAUACUUACCGACUCGUGCUCCUGCACCGGCGGUUCUGGGAGACAACCCGACAGCCGUAUCGGUGGUGGAGUCAUUUUUAUAAAUGUUAACAAUAUGUUAUUGCCAAAUUAUACAAAUGUGUUUUGAUAAACCUCGUUGCUGACUGUCACUGCACGGUAUGUUACUUUAAAUUCAAAUAGUGAGAUGAAUGUAUUUUUCUGAAGUUUUGUAGACUUUAUACAUUUCAACUGCAGUUGAGCCUUGAACGACUAUAUCCGAAGGUGCUCCGAAUAGACCGCUUUGUAUUUUAAGGUUAAUUUCUUUGACCUCACUCCUGAAUUAGAAUGCAUAUUUUACAGGUAUUAGAUGACGCUGGCCUGUACUUGAUCACUCUCUUUGGUCAUCUUUUGUAAUGUACAGCAGAGUGGUUAUUUAUUGCAUAUUCAGGGAUAACGUUUUCACUUUAGCCGAUAAUGUACAAU